AGGCGGGGCCUGGAGGGGCGGGGCCAGGUGCCCAGCCUGGGCUUCAGCCAGGUGGAGGACUGGCGAGCUGAGACUGGUUGGAGCAUGGACAGUUCGUUCCUCAGCUGCUGAGCCUCCUGAUAGAGUCCCGUCGGAUCCUCCAGAGUCGGGACCAGAUGUGGAAGAUUGAGGCAGGGUGGAUGUGCAAAGUCCGGCCCUGACGCCCUCCUCCAGUAGCUCCAUGCAGGCACCACAGGAUACAGACAACCUUACCUGCCAACCCUGGUACCAUGGUCAGCUGUCCCGACAGGAAGCUGAAACCCUCCUACUACAAGAUGGUGACUUCCUUGUUCGUGCCUCGGAGUCCCGAGGGAGCCACCCUGUGAUCUCCUGCCGUUGGCGAGGCAAGAUCCUACAUUUUGAGGUGUUCCGAGUGGUGCUGCGGCCUAGGCCUGGUCGCCCGCAGGCCCUCUUUCAGCUAGAAGAUGAAAGGUUUGCCAGUAUGUCUGCCCUGGUCCACAGUUACAUGACCCGCAGGCGACCGCUGUCCCGGGCCACAGGAGCUGUGGCCUCCAAGCCUGUGAGUCGUCAGAGGCCGCUGAGGCGCAGCCUCAGUGAGGACGUGCUCACCGACAGCCCGGCUGCCCCCAGGCCUCUCAGGCCUAGGAAGUGGAGUUCCAGCCAGCCUGCAGGGUUGGACCAUUCAGGAAGGGAAAAACGUGAUGAGGCAGCAGGAGCACCCUCUGCUUUCGGACCUGCCCUGCACCGGACAGGCAGUGAACCCACAUUGCUGAAGGCCCUGCCUCACCUGGGAACUAUGGCGGACAGUCUCACAGCCUCUGACGGACAGCUUCCCACACUCCGGAUGCCCUCCUUGGCCUCUGGACAUCCCCCAACAUACUGUGAACUUCUCCCCCGAGUGCCCAGUGCUCAGAGAACGACUCCUAGACCGAGCUGUCCAGAGCCAGCGGUCUGGUGGUGGGAAGCUGAGGAAGAAGAGGAAGAAGACAGAUGCUUCAUAAGACCACAAGCUGAGGUCUCGUUUUGCAUCCCUGGCCACCCCUCCUGCCUGCUGGGUCCCCAGAACCGGCCCUUGGACCCUACAGUUCUGUGCACUCUCCGAAGCUUGCUGGUGGCACACCAUUCUGAGAGUACCGCUCUGCACUUGCUGUUAGUGGACUGUCAGGCUAUAGGACUGCUGGGGGUGACCAAGAGUCAGAAGAGUGCCAUGGGCGUCGCCUCUGGCCUAGAACUACUCACACUUCCUCACGGUCACCGCCUGAGGUUGGAGGUCCUAGAGAGGAUUGAGACCCUGGCACUAGCUGGGGCCCUGGCUGUGCUGGGCUGCUCGGGGCCCCUGGAGGAGCGCACAGUCGCUCUAAAAGGCCUGGUGGAUCUAGCGUUGGCGCUGAGGCCAGGAGCGACAGGGGACCUGCUGGGACUGGCUGGGGUCAUGGGUGCCCUGCUCAUGCCCCAGGUAUCCAGGUUAGAGAGCACUUGGCGUCAUCUACGAAGGAACCACACGGAGGCCGCGCUGGUCUUUGAACAAGAGCUAAAGCCUCUGAUGCGGGCUCUGGAUGAAAGCACAGGACCCUGCAGCCCAGGAGAGGUGGCCCUGCCACACGUGGCACCGGUAGUACGACUACUGGAGGGCGAGGAGACCUCUGGGCCGCUGGACGAGUCCUGUGAUCGGCUGUUGCGCACUCUGCUCGGGGCGCGACAGGUGGCCCGCGAUGCACCCCUGUUCCGUAGGGCGGCUGCCCAGCGCCUACAAGGAUUCAGGCCUAACCCAGAACUCUGGGAGGCGCUGACCACCGGUUUCCUGCGCCGCUUACUCUGGGGGAGCAAAGGGGCCCAGGCCACCAGAGCCAACCGCCUGGAGAAGUUCCAUCACGUCCUCAGCAUCCUGUCCCAACAACUAGAGCCUGAGGGCUGAGAGCCCAGCCUCCAUUUUAUCCUUGGAGAGACUCCCCCAGCUAUUCAAGAAGCAUCGGAAUGAACUUGGCGCAGUGGUUCCCACCCAUAACUCCAGCACUUGAAAUGGAGAUGGGAGGAUCGGGAGUUCAAGGCCGGCUCAGCUCGUUUGAGGCUGUCCUGGGCUAUAUGAAGAUUAUGGGGAAAAAAUUUUUAAAAAAGCCCCCUCCGGGGGUCAAAGUUUACACGAAUCUCCAUCUUAAAAUGGACCCCAAGAGAUUGGGGUCUAAUAGCUGCUUCCUUUUUAUCAAAAUACCUACUCAGGUAGGUACCCAGAGACCAACCCUCACACUCCUGUAUAUACAUACCCCUUACUCAUCCACACGUACUUUCUGGGAUAUCCAGAAAGCAACCGUUCGAUGAACGCAUGACUUUUCUAAAUAAAAACACCUUACAGAUCUGGUAUCAAAGUUC